UCCUGGUGUGUUUAUCCUCAGAGAGAUUCAUCACCUGGAGAGGGUUCAGUCGCUCCAAGCAGCACCAUGGUUACCUGCCCUGAGGGCCGGGGCGUUGCUACACGGAGAAGACUCUCACCAAGCCUCUCACCUGAGAGCCACAGCUCCUCACCUGAGAGCCUUGCAGCAGAGCCCAGAGCAGCUGGAGCGGAGAGAGGAGCUGGAUGGAGUGAUAGCAUGUAGCUUCUGGAUCUACCGCCGUGCAGAGAGAGAGCCUGAAGGCCUCAGAGAUGAAGACGAUGGGACCAGACCAGCCCUGCAACCGACGGAGGAAGACCUCUGAAAGGAUGAGGAGACCCUCUGCUGACCCUGAUGGAAGCAAAAGGGCUUUACUCAGGAGAAUCAGGAUUCACCCAGAGGCCCAGAGGAUUCUGGGUAAUUCCAUCAUCGCUUUAGUUUGCCUGGAACGUUUAGAAGACCUAGCUGGGACUUGCCCGACGUUGCACUCCACAGCCCUGGGGCCCACGGUGACUCUGACACGGGUCCAAUGGCCACCUCACCGGCCUCAGCCCGGGCCUGCGCUGGUCCAUUCUUCUCAUCAGCAUGGUUUCAAUCCAAACACAUCCGACACGUACCAGGCGGGCACUGUGUCCCCCCCAGCCCAGCCACCAGGGCCUCCAGACCCCAUUCCUCCGGACCACACCACCCCAACGCCCUGGAGCCCUGAACCCCUGCACUGCUCCGUUGGCAUGGUGGAGCCCGAGGAGCACAGCCUUCACAAGGAGGCCGACUCCAACACGCCGCAGCCUCUGUUACAGAGCAGCUGGGAUCGUCUAGCAACAGCAGACACUACUGAAUUGGCACCGCUGGAUCAAGAUCCAGAUCCAGAUCUAGAUCUAGAUCCAGAUCCAGAUCCAGAUCCAGAACCAGAUCCAGAUCCCGAUCCAGAUCCAGAAUCUUGA